GUGAGAGUCCAGUUAGGACAGGCAACAUGUGUGUGGUUUACAAGGUUGUCAUUUUGACUUUCUGUUUUAUUAUGUUACCCGCAGCGCAGCUUGAUGCAUCGUAAUGAAGAAAAUAAUGAAGAAGCAUUCGUCGAUUUUAAUUUUUUUGUUUCUUGUAUUUCGAAGUUUUAUGACUUAAGUACAACGAUGAUAUGUAGCAAGGUAUAGAGAGGUAUAGAAAGGUAUAUUUAAAACUUGGUUUAUUUUUUAUGAAAGUUAAGUUUUGAGUUUUCUGAUUAUGUUAGCGUUUGUGUCUCUGAUAGAGAUUGAAAAGAAAAAAAAAUGGGAAUACUUCACUUGUUUAAAUCUGUAUAGCUAGACCGUGUGGUGUUGUGGCCAUGUGGCCCUCUGGCCGUGUGGUGUUGUGGCCGUGUGGCUCUGUGGCCGUACCUAGUACUAAUUAUCAUGUUGAAAAUCGCUUCAUUUAUAACUGUUUAAUUUCAAUGCAUGAUUUUCUAUCUUUCUUCCUCUUAUCAUUACUAGUACAUUUGUUUUUCCCCAGAUUACCAAGCGAAAACCAAUGUAAGAUUGUAAAAUGUGACCACAUAGCUCUAAAAAUCGUACUAAGUUUUGACUGGAAGGAGACUAUGAUCUCAAAAGAUUUCAUUGAAGGCACUUCUGGACUUUGACCUGUAUCUGAGACCAGGAUCUCAAAAGAUUUCAUGAAAUAACUUAAGGUCAUUUUAGUUUAAAGAAGAACAGAAUAACCCAGUGUUUUCUGAGUGUCGCUUUCAAACAACGGAAGCCAGAAAGAAGCACCAGAAAUUUGUUGAAACAAGGAUCAAUUAUUUGAUGUGACCCAAAAAAAUAAUGAAAGGAAAGAAAAGGUAAAGUAUCAAACUGAUCGGGGCAACCAGUCGGGGCAACCUAUAGGGGCAACCAUUAAAGGCAACAAGUUGCGGCAAACAGGGAAGGGUUUUGUCUCUUUAAAAAAAAAAAUAAAGACUUUCUACGCAUGAAAUAAAAUUCCCAAAAUUAGAAAGAUUUUAAAAAUCGUGUUUCAACUUGCAGGUCCCAGGGGAUUAGGCACCUAAGACGAUCAAACUGUCUUCUUUGAAUGUCAAUACUGACAGUGUCAGAGCUGAAAUGGCCGUGUCACGCUACAGUGGCGUCACUGACAUACCAGCUUUGUGGGGGCAUCCAACCAUGACAAAUGUGUUCACGGAUAAUUGAUAUAUAUAUAUAUAUAUAAAUGAAUACAUACGAGUUUAAAGUUGCACCAUAUUCAUCCAGAAGGGAUGGUUGGUGUGUGUGUGGGUGUGUGUGGGGGUGGGGGUGGGCGGGAUGGCUGUCAUAACCAAUCACUGUUACGGUUAUAUUUUGAAUUAGGAGAGAAUACCUAGUAGGGACAUUAUUAAAUGUUAUUAUGAGAAUGCAGAGUUGUGAAAAUCAUAUUUUAAUUUUUUCUUAUAAUGCCAUACAUUCUGUGAUGGAAUCUGUUCUAAAUCACAAUAAAUUGAUAUCUUUGUUUUAUAGUGUCACUUUGAGGCCAACUCAAGCCCACCCAAACUUCGUAUAGCAUUGUUUUAAAUGAUCGUACAUUUACUAAAGGGUUCACUUAAAAUGGGGUAUUAAAUCUCAUAUUAUUUGAUAAAUGUAUAUAUCUUUAAAUAUAUAUACAUCCAUAAAUUAAAUACGUUUUUUAAAGAUACGUUUAAAUGUUCAAAACAUAUGUUUUUUUUAAAUAUUUUUUUGCUGGUCAAUCUAUAUAAUUACAUUAAAAUAACGUCGAUUAAAAUUAGAGGAGUUGCGUCGCACUCCUAAGUGACCAAAAGUACGUCACAGUUCUCAGUGACACGGAUACGUGAACUAAGCAGUAAGUAAGACGCCUUUCGGUCUUCCAAAAAUAGCCCUCCGCGGCCGUUGGCGGGAAGAAAUCAAUACCUAAGGUCGUCUGCUGUUGUUAGUAAUCUGUACCUCGCCGCUUGGUGGCGCUGGAAGGGGGAUUUUUUUUCAUUGGUUGUCCUAACGUGUCUAAAGGGUUUUCCUGCUCGACACUCUCUUUCAAACAGCGGUUUGAUUCAAACAUCUGAUCACACGUUUCGCAAAAUGACGUGGAUCAAAGUCACGGGACACGUACAUUCUGGAAUCAUUUUGAACUUUUCCCCCCAAAACAUGUUGAGGAAUGUCUGCCACAGAAAAUGGAGAAAAGAAAAAAAACACGUCAAUUUGCAAAAAUUUCCGAAACUUUUAAAAUAAACUCAGCUCAGCUAGACCACGUAAUGGACCUCAAGGCCACGUCACAAAAGAGGAGGUGGGGGUGGGGGCUGGGGGAUUUUGGUCACUUUUGUUUAAUAAAGUUCACAGUUUCAGUUUGCAUAAAUAUUUUUUGGUGGAACACGUAAUGAGGAACACGCAAUGAGGAACACGUGAUCAGGAUCAUGUGAUGAGGAUCAUGACGUGGCUUUCCGGGAGGAGUGGAAAAUUUUUGGGCGCCAUAAAGACCAAAUAUUUUUUUUUUUAAAUUGUAUAGGUUUGACUGUGGUUUAAGGUCAAGGUCUUGGACUUUUUUUUUUUCAUGUCCACCCACGUCAUCAAACUGACGUGUUUGUGGAAUUUUUUUUUUUUUGGUUUUCAUAAAAUGUUAAAAAGAUCCUUUACAUAGGGAUAAGGUUUUGUCAUAAUUUUGUUCUGUAAAGUUUUGGUAUUCAGGAGGUCAAGGCCGUCCCAAGUAAAGGAACUUAAAUGACAUUGGAAAAUUAUUUUUUUUGUAUGUUAGGAUAUUUUAUAUAUCAUGCAAAUCUUAAGUUUGGCCCACAUGUUUAGGCCCAUAACAGUGUUACCUUUAGGUUACAAGUACGAAUGCCUUUGGGGGAAAAGAAAAUUUACCCAAAAGUAAUUUUUUGAGACUUGUUGAUUUUUUGAAUUACCAGGUUACUGUUUCAAGAAUUGGGGAAAAAUGUUUGAUUUAGGGCCACCUUAGCAGAGCCUCAACGCUUCGGGAGGUUAAAGGUGAACUUUAUGUGGUGUUUGUGUAUGUUUGUAUGGGGUUAAGUGGAAUUUACAAUAUCAUGUAAAGAAUAAUUUGUGUUGAAAUAUUCAUAUUACAGAAUUAAAAAUAUCCACACAAAAUUUCUUUACAUACACAGGUGAUUUUCUAAAGUAUUUCAAGGUUUUCCCAUAAUGAAUUAUAUUUUCUAAAAUGUAGUAUAGAAACAAAAAUAGAUUUUAACAGGAAUUAAAAAAACAACAAACCCAGCUGUUACAAUUGUAUAUAAUAUUAAAACAACACAAACAUAACAUUGUACAUACAUUAAAGAUGUUAUUGAAAUGUUACAAAAAUGCUAUAACUUAUAAAAUAAACCAUUUUACAAAGACCGUACUCUCUGGCUGGUGGGAAACGAAAUUUUUCCUCUGUACUCGAGCGUGGUGUAUCGCUCUUAGCAUAGCGAGGUGCACGGAUCGAUACUUGGCUUAACGAAACUGCUAGGUAGGCCCGAUCUCUUACGUGGCGCGCAUGAAUCUCAUUACAUAUUGGGGGGAAAUUCUCGUCUGCAAAAAUGAACAUUACGUGUAUUUUGAAAAAUGACAAAAUUGGGGUCUGUCCUAAAGUUUGAACACGUCAUGUCAUUGGGUAUAUAAGACCAUAUUAUUUCAUGUUAUAUUUACAAUUUUCUAGGCUCUACUUAAUCAGUCUGCAAAAUUUAUUUUUAAAAACAUUUAAAAAAAACAACAAAAAAUUUGAAAAAAGCCUAUUUAUUUUUAGAACCGAAAAAAAUCCGGUAAGUUAUGUUCAAUUAAUAUAUAUAUAUUUGUUCUAUUCAGAUCAAAUUUUUUUUUAAUAAUAUAAAAAAUAGUACGCAAUUGUUAUGUUAACCAUGCAAGAUUACGUUUUUAUUAGUAUAACUCAAUUAUAAUAAUUACCUUAAAUAAAUAGAUUUAUAAAAGUUUUAAAAUAUUAUCAUCAUAUCACAUGAUUUUUUAUUUAUAUUUACAUAACUUUAUCAGUGCAUUUUGUCUUAUAUAUAUAUAUAAUAUAUAUAUAUAUAUAUAUAUAUAUAUAUACACAUAUAUGUAUAUAUAUGCAUGUGUGUGUGAGUGUGUGUGUGUAAUUGUGCAUAUUUUUGUGUGUGUGUGUCUCUGUGUUAACUUUCCAGCAACUGCACACACCUUCCUGUGUCUGUAUACCAAGUUGUCAAUAAAAUGCUUCCCUGUGCUCUAUGAGGCGAGCUCACUUAACUUGCUGACUUUUAUAAAAGUCACUAGAAUUUGACCCAAAAUUUAUUUUUACCCGUGCAGUCUCCAAACUAUGGCCAAAUCCGACAAGACUUUAGUUGAUCUGAAAAGAAUUACCGACGAGUGGAAGAAUUCUGAAACUGUCAAAGGUGAGAAAGAUCUACGAAAAGAUAUGUGAAAAGAUCUGUAGAAAUAUCUGUAAGAUCUGUAAAAAUAACUGUAAAUAAGUAACGAAAUGCCUGAAAAAUUAUACAAAGAAAUAUCUCUAAAACGAUAUGCAAAAUUAACUGUGGAAAGAUCUAUAGAAUAAAAAUAUGUAAAAAGAUCUAUAGAAUUGUCUGUGAAAAGAUCUAAAGAAGUAUCUGUAAAAAGAUCUAUAGAGUUUACGACCUAAAUCUGGUGUUCUCCUAAUUAUAAAUGGUUUUAAUCAUCAUAAAAUAAUGAUCUCAUCUGAGAUUGGGAGAAAACUACAGGAAAAGUUUAUGUAUAAAUAUUUAUGAAUUCAACAUAAGCAUACAACUUUCAAACUAAAAAUUUAAUAAAUUAAUAAAUAUUUUGAAAAACAACAUACAACUGACCACUCAUAUGUUGUUUUGACCAAGUCUAGCUAUACAUCAGAGCACAUAGACAUACACUUGGAAUAUGUUACACAGGAGACAAAAUCAAUAAGAAUGUGACUUAUAGUAGUGCUGUGUUUACAAUGUACAGGUCAAGCUCAUUUCAAAAACAUCAAACUGACCCUCACCGACGUCCAGUGGACCGAGGUCAAGUGUCUGACGGACCUGGAGAGGGCCCAAACACCGAAGGUAUAAUAUGCUAUUUUUGACCUCUCUUUUUUUUUUCAAAAUUAGUCUGAGAUUUGUAAAGUCAUUAUGACCUAAGGUGGAAGAGACUUAAUGAUCUAAUUAGGAAAAGCAAUCAUGACCUAGAGACAAAAAAUCGUCAUGGCCUAAGGAGGAAAAGUAAUUAUGACCUGAGAAGGAAGAGCUUCCUGGGGACGAUGUAUAUAUUUUUUUAUCAUUUCUGUUUUCAUUAUGUCUACAGUUUAGAUGAGAUUUUUACUUUUGUGUAACUCUUACAUUUUUUGGAUAUUUAUCACCUUUAAGUAAAUCAUUUGGCCAUAGAAUUGAGCGAUGUCCCCUCUUUAUCUAUUUGCCAUAGAAAUGAAGCAUGUCUCAUGUUUAUCUCUCAGCCAAAGAAUUGAGGCAUUUCCCAUGUUAAUCUCUUAGCCAUAGAAUCGAAGAACUUCCCAUGUUUAUCUAAUAGCGCCAGAAAUGAAGCAUUUCUCAUGUUUAUUUCAAAGCCUUAUAGUUGAAGCAUUUCCCAUGUUUAUCUAAAGGCCUUAGAAUUGAAACAUUUCCCCUGUUUAUCUCAUAGCCAUAUAAUUGAAGAUUUCCCAUGUUUAUCUAAAAGCCUUAGAAUUGAAACAUUUCCCAUGUUUAUCUCAUAGCCUUAGAAUUGAAACAUUUGCCCUGUUUAUCUCAUAGCAUUAAAAUUGAAAAUUUCCCAUGUUUAUCUCAUAGCCUUAGAAUUGAAACAUUUCCAAUGUUUAUCUCAUAGCCAUAGAAUUGAAGCAUUUCCCAUGUUUAUCUCAUAGCCAUAAAAGUGAAGCAUUUCCCAUGUUUAUCUCAUAGCCUUAGAAUUGAAGCAUUUCCAAUGUUUAUCUCAUAGCCAUAGAAUUGAAGCAUUUCCCAUGUUCACCCCCAUCAUCUUCUCUUAGGCUGCUGCCCAAAAUACCAGCUAUCAAAGACAGCACUUCGACAAGGUCAAGGCCAAAAUGGCCAAUCAAGUCGGAACACAUGUGACCAUCACCUCAGGUGUUGUUAAAGGUGAGUUUGGUCAAUGUGUGCUCUAAUGUAGUUGUGUGAUGUGUUGUGAUAUUUGAGUGUUGUGAUAUGAAAUGAAUGGUUUGUAAUAUGUGGUCAGUUGUCUGUUGUGUUGUAAAAUAUCAGCUUGGUGUUGUCUUUCGAAAGUAGUUUCUGGUGUGAAUUUGAAGUUUAAUAUAUUGAUGAGUUUUGUUGAUAUUGUACCGUUAAGCUAUCGGCUACUCACUGUAUGUGAAACCUAACGUUUUAGCACCUCAGCUUGUUCCCUGUCUGUUGAAAGUCAGUGUCCUAACUUUGUUAUUGUGUUCCCUGUCUAUUGAAAGGUCUGCUUCAUAAUGUUGCCAUUUUAUUCACCUGACUAUUGAAGGUCUAUGUCAUAAAAUCUGCCAUGUUGUUCCCUGUCUUUUGAAGGUCUGUGUAAUAACUUUGCCAUUCCGUUGUCUGGACUGCCCAAGCCUGUUAAUGACGUCAUUGGGUCUGCAGUGGAGGUUGAUGUGGGGACUGCUGAGAUAGGCUCAGAUCAGACGAUGGAGGCGUUUAUUAAAAGUUCCCCAAAAAAGGACCAAAUGGCUGGAAACUCACCCCAGUCGUCUGCUGGAGCUUCGGGAUCUUUUUACACUGGUUAGUUCCAAUUUGUAAGCUUUAAAAAAAAACAAUUAUUGUCAUAUAUUUUCAGAACACUUUAUGUAUGGUCUCUGUGGACCCCUUAGGCAUGGUAUCUCUGAACACUACUUAAAUAGUCUUUGUGAUUACCUCUAUCAAAUCUGUGUCAGAUGUUCCCAACCGUGUGGGCCUUGAAGAUAUGAAAUGCGGUGUCAGAAUCACAAACAGUCUUAUCCUUCAAAAGUCUUGCCCAAAAAACAUGUGUCAAUAGGACAGUUUACAUUGCAAAAUAUUUUAAAGUUUUUAAAUACUGUACUUUUAAAAAACAUGCUUGCAAUUUUUUAAUGUUAAAAAUAUUCCCCACGCCAGAUUUUUGCUUUUAAAUUGCAAAUGCAUUAAAAAUAUACUACUUAAAAAUGCUAACAUUGUAUUACUUUUUGAUGUAGGUACUUUUUCCGGGGAAGCUCGACUCCGAGGAGAAGUUAUUGUUGAAGACAACAAAAGUGUUGAGCAGUGCUCCAUUGCCGAGGUGGUCAGAUGUUUGAAGGGGAAGUCAAAACACGUUGAAAAUCUGAGUGCUUCUGAAGACUUCACAGUUCGGUGGAGUAUUAGAGGAGAGUGUGUCUUUCACCUGGGUACAUAAGGAGACAUGAGAGUACAAUGUCUUUCACCUGGGAAAAAUAUGCUGAUUUAAAAUCCAAUGAUUAAAUUAUGGGUUAAAAAAUAUGAUUGGAUUUCGUAAAUUUUAGUGUAGCUGAAAAAAAAAUAUUAUUUUCUUUCAUGGAUCAAUGAAUUAUUUAGAUUUGAUUGCUGUAAUGAUUUGACUGCUCUAAUGAUUUGACCUCUGUAAUGAUUUGCCUGCUGUAAUGAUUUGAGUGAUGUAAUGAUUGGAGUCAUUUCAAUGUAGAAAUCAAUUUAAAUUUUAGGUAUACUUGGGAACAAGUUGACAUUAUUAGUCUCUUAAAAUGUGUGAAUUGUUAAUAAUACUGUAACUAAAUAAUUGUUAUGCACAAGAAGACUAGUCAGUAACUAAUAAAACGCUCUGACUGAAAAAAUACUCCAAAACACAUUUCAAUUUUGCCCUUUGUUGCAUGCUGCUAAAUUUUGUUUCUUGAAUAAAAAAAUAAUAUGAAUAAUUUGAUUUGUGGUGAAGCUGAGAAUAAUGUGUAAAAUUUAAUAUAAACCAACUUUUUAUUUGAAUUUUGUAAAUAUGUAUAUUAUAACGAAUAAAAUUGCUUGCUUGCAAUGCAUACACAAUAGCCCUAUAUGAUGAUACUUAUGGCCAUAUUUUAUGAAAAACAAUUAUUAAAAUUUAAUUAUUAAAUAUUGAUGUUAUAUGUUGUCUUAAGUAACAAUUGAAUUCAUAUUUGUCAUGAAAAACGCUACCAAAUUCAAUAAAAGUGAACAUA